CCCCAUCAACAACAUUCUCUGCCUAUCACUAGGUAGGCAUGGACCGCCGAUAGGCACGUCGGAGUGCUGCCCUGGCACUACAAACAACCGUGCCCCAUGAUGAGGCAAUCGAUACAUGAUUCGCCGGGAAUCGCAGGAGCCUUCGCGCGCUUCUGGCAACGAUCUUAUGCUCCGGACUAUGUUGGCUUCGCCCUGCUCCUGGCUGCAUAUAUAUGCGAACAAUUCUUCGCCGAACCUUUUCACCGAAUGUUCACGCUCGACGACCAUGCGAAACAAUACCCACACGCCCUAGUCCAGCGAGUCUCGAGCUGGGAACUGAUCAUAUAUGGAGGCAUAGGACCUCUGGUCUUCAUUAUACUCUGGGCCACAAUCACGCGGCCCGGCUUUCACAAAGCCCACGUCACGACCCUGGGCUUCUUCAUAAGCGUUUUCCUCACAUCCCUCCUGACGGAUAUCGUAAAGAACGCAGUCGGUCGCCCUCGACCGGAUUUGAUUGCACGCUGCAAGCCGAAGUUGGGAACACCCGAGCAUGAAUUGGUCACUAUAUCAGUGUGUACAGAAACAGACCACCACACUUUGCACGACGGCUGGCGCAGCUUCCCGAGCGGACAUAGUAGUUGGGCAUUUUCUGGACUAGGUUACUUGGCCCUAUUUCUCGCCGGGCAACUACACGUUUUCCGACCACACGCAGACCUAGCCAAGGUCUUGAUCGUGCUCGCGCCUCUCGUGGGCGCAGCACUCAUCGCGAUGUCACGACUAGCCGACUAUCGGCACGACGUAUUCGACGUCACAAGUGGCAGUAUCCUUGGGAUGUCGGUGGCAUAUUUUACGUAUCGACGAUACUACCGUUCGCUCAAGCAUCCCAAAUGCGAUAUUCCAUACCCCAGCCGGGCGGACUAUGCCUCGGCCAGAUCCGUCAACAAGGGCAGAGACUUGGAACAGCAGCUCAAUGAAGAGUUCUCAAUCGAUGAUCUCUCCGAGGACGAGGCGCAGGCGUAUCCUCUGACCGAGGCGAUGCCAGAAAGGGCAGGACAACAAGAGCACAGUAGUGCACCGUCAUAAUCGUUCAUAUCAAUGUAUUUGCUCCGUUUGUAUGCUACGUCGG